CGCUUACAGGGGAUAAAUCAAGAACCCCUCCCCCCUACUAUGCAAGUAUACCGAACAUCACUGUAUUCUUUCAAGACAAAUGAUAUUGCAUCUUGAUUGUAAUUCAACAACGCCUCAAUAAAGCUUUGUGACAUCCAGGUAUCUAUCAGGCAAGAGCAAUCUCCUUGUGCCGUGCCUACCCCCUCCCGAAUGCGGUCCCUCCUCUCCACCCCCACCCGGGCACUACGCCGCAAAAUCCACACGGCCCCAGCCGCCGCAGGAAGCCGCAACCCGUCGCCACCACCCCCAACGGACUCCGCAGCCAACGCCAACCGCAGCAUCCCCGCCCUCUUCGCCCGCGGCGGCACAUCCAACGGCCUGAUUAUCCAGCGCCAGCACCUCCCCCCGCUUCAGGAGCAAUGGCACACCGUCCUGCCCGCGGCCAUGGGCGCGCCGGACCCGGUCCACGCGAGGCAGCUCGACGGCAUGGGCGGCGGCGCGAGUUCCACGUCCAAGGUAUGCGUGCUGGAACCCUCGCCGUCGGCGCGCGGGGACGACGCGGACGUCGAUUUCACGUUCGUGCAGGUCGGGGUCCGCGACGGGGCGCUGGAUUUCGCGGGGAAUUGCGGGAAUAUGUCGGCGGCGGUGGGGCCGGUGGCUUGGGAUGAGGGGUUGGUUCGGGGGCGGGAGGGGAAGGUUGUGGUUGUGAAAGGGCAGGAUGGGGAUGGAAAAGGGGAGGAGUACCGCGAAGCGCUGGUCCGCGUCUUCAACACAAACACCUCCAAAAUCAUCCACUCCCGCUUCCGCGUCAGCGGCGACCCGCCGUUGUACUGUCCCCGAGGCAACUACGCAAUGGACGGCGUUCCCGGAACGCAAUCGCGGAUCACGCUAAGCUUCCUCGACCCGGGUGGUGCCAAGACGGGCAAAGCAUUACCAACCGGCAACGCGGUCGACGUCCUAACCCUGGCGGACGGGAGCCAGAUCGACGCCUCGCUGGUCGAUAUCUCGAAUCCCGGAGUAUUCGUCCGGAUACCCGACCUCGGGACCCGAUACGCGGACGCGGACCCGACGACCUUCACGCCACAAGCCGUCGAGGCGGAUGCGGCGCUCAAGGCCAGGUUAGAAGCGAUACGGCAAGCGGGCGCCGUGGCGAUGGGACUGGACCCCAAGAUCGAAAGCGUGCCUAAGAUCGUGCUGCUCUUCCCUUCGCCAGGUUCCGCGGAGGUGGAUAUACGGUGUCUCGCCUUGUCGAUGGGGCAGGCGCAUAAGGCGGUGCCUCUGACCCUAGCACUGUGCCUGGGCGCCGCGGCGAAUAUGCCCGGGACGUUGCCCGCGCAGGUUCGCGGGGCGAGGGACGGGGACGGUCCGGUUGUCAUCGGACAUCCCAGCGGGACGGUCGAAAUCGGGGCAACGUUCAAGGAUGGCAAGGUCGUGUCGGCGGACCUUCUGCGUACCGCUCGCGUUUUGAUGAAGGGGCAAGUGUAUUACUAGCAAAUCUCGAAUCACGGAUCACAUAGUUAUUCAUUCACAAAGAUCUAAGAAUACCAAUAUAUGUUGAUUAAUCACAUUGAUUAAUAUUAUAAAGCCAAUCUUGCUUUAUUAGCCAUGGUACUAAAACCCUAUGUAGUUACCCUGUUGCCCGGCGCAAACGCCAUAC